AUUUUAUAUGAACAUGCCUUGCUGAUCCUUCCAGCAUGCUAUGUACGGUGUGUGAACGUAUAUUGCUCAGGCUUGAUGUAUUUCCGCCAAAACGAGUGGCUGAAUGGCGGCUGCUGAUCCUAGUUGGCGAAUACCAAAAUGCCGAACAACGACACCAUGGCGCUAAAUAUGCGGGCUGUAAAAAAUGGAGACACAAGUCACAAACUUAUUCAGCCAUUUUUUCUAUUUUUACCAUGUCCUAUGUUAUCUCUGACUCGGAGAUUGAAGAGACAGUGCAGCCGCGAAUUGCAGUACAGCCUCGGCGAGUGAGUCGGCCGCUGCCUACUCGGGUGGAAAUUGGCAGCAGUGAGUCGGAAGAAGAGGACGAUGAGGACGAGAGCUUUUUUCGUCGGCGCGGGCCUGCUGAAGCAGCAAGCGCAGGGGAGCAGUCGUCACAGGUUCCGACCCAGAGCAGCGGUUACAUAGAUAUUGGCGACUCGUUGCUGUUGGACGAAAGCGACACCAGCGAAGAUGAGGAAUCGAGCACUAGCCAAACAAACAGGCACAUACUAGAGUCGAGCGGGGAUGAGGAGCAGGAGGUACGGAAACGGGCACGCAGUGUGUCGCUCACGCCGCCACCAGAACUGCCUGAGAAGCGGCAGCCAACAAAAAGGAGGAUGUCAGUAGUCGAUGUUGAUACAAUAUCUGUGCCGGCUAUGGCGACCCCGCCGCGGUCGCACCAGCAGCCAGCCGAUUUAUCUGGCCUGGACCCAGCACUGCGAGCAGCGAUUAUGACCGGUAAUGGCGAUGGCAGCAGCACAGGAUCACCUCGCGAGUCAAGGUUUCUCCAGGGCGACGUCCAGCCAUCGUCAGAGGUGGCUCUAUCGCCAGCCAUGAAGCUUGCAGAGAAAGUGACGCUAGAGUUUGACUUUAUUUUUGACGAGGCAUUCAUGGACACUGAGCUCCCAGCGCUGUGGGACAAGACGCGGUGGAGGCGGACGCGGAUCACCAACAAAAAGGCGGUUGACAAGAAGCUGCGCGAGCGGCUGGCGAUCCAGGUGUUUGCGACAGAUCCGAUCGAAAAGGCGCUUAGAGUUUACGCGAGCAACUUUGCUGUGGACGUGAUGCGGACGAGCCCGAUCCUGAUGAGCGACUCUAUUCGAGUGUUUCCAACCAGCUCGGUACUGAGUCUGGGGGCCAAACCUAUCUUCUACAUUAAGGUGUACCCGCGCAACGUGUUCAGCCGGGCCAAGGCGUCUGAGACUGUCGAGCGGAUGCAGCGCGAAACUGAGUACCGGCAGGCGCAGAGCGAGCGGGAGAAGAUGCGGGAGCUGUAUGGAGAUAGUGUGGAUACUAGUGUUUUGAGCCAGGCCGAGGCAAUGGCGGAGCUGGACGAGAGCCUGCAGGCUGAUACACCCGCCAGUGGAGAUCAGGAUGGCGCUGGUACGAUCCGGAUCAAAAUCCGCGAUCGUGAGGGCAAGGAUACGCUGUUGCGGGUGGCUCCGACAACGGUGGUGCAAACCAUUAUUGACCACUACCGCCAGAUCGCCAAGUUGCCAGAGGGCACAACCAUUCUGCUGGAGUUUGACGACGAGCGGCUGGAGCCUGGAGUGGCCUUGGCCGACACUGAGAUCGAAGACGACGACAUGCUCACAGCUAUUUCGAAAUAGCUUAGUGCCCUCCGAAUACCAGCAUUCGCACUUUUUCUCCUCUUUUGCUUCUCCCCCACUUUUUUCACUUGACAAUAUCUGCACACUAGAAAAUGAAGGCAUUCCAAUUGGUUCGGGACCUGGUGGUCAAGCACAACGUCGCCGGGGUGACAAGCAUGCAGCAGUCGCUAGUGCUGCUUAACCACAUGAAGAAGUACGGCUCGG